AUUUUUUGAUCUUUUUUUUGUUGUUGUUGUUGCAGAAAAACUUUUGCGGCAGAAAUUUCUGGGAGGAGAAGCAAUCCGCUUACGAAAAGCACUUGCAAAAUAUUACGCAUACGCCCCGUGCGGUGAGCAGUUCAAAGGAUUUUUUUCCCAGCCAGCCAACAUUUCUGUUUUCCGAUGCUGGCUUUGGCUGCCACUUAAAGACCAAAUAAAUAAUUGCAAAGGUGGCUGCUAGAGAGCAUCGAAUUAAAUGCGAGUAAAAAACAUGAAUGGGAACGGUAGCCCAUUAAAGCAAUACGCUCCAACGCGUUGUGAAGUACAAUUAAGGAUUUCAACGAACGCCAAAAGCCAUACGCCAAAAUAUAUGUAUUGUUCGUCCGGGAAACAAUAAAUAAAAAAAGGAAGAGAAACCUAAAGGAAGAAAACACAACCUUAACGGCUGCAAGAAGGCAAAGAGUCCUGGGCCCAAGGCCAAGUUGCGGUGGAAAAUAAACAAAAAUGUAAUUUGCGCCACUUAGCAGCCAGCGAAUGGACAGUGCCAUUAAUAAUGCCAUUUUUCCCGGGUAUUACGAGGGCGGCGUGGCACAGAUAAUAAGGAAAUAUGACUUUGUACCAGGACCCCCAGCUUAACCGCAAAAUUAAACGUAAAAUGAAAAAAGUAAAGCCGAAAUUGAAGAAUUCACUCAAAUUCAAGGAGAAUUUUGUAAUCAUCUUUUGGCAACUUCAAAUUGGCCUAUUUUCUCUCUUAAAUUCAAAUUUCAAUUGUGCUCCUCACAUAUUUUGGCCAAAUCUUUGACUUUGUUCCGUACUCCGGCAUGAAAAUUCAAUUAAGAUGAUAAAAUGUCCACAUUUAUGACAUGGGACGCUCGAAUCCGAAGCCCCAAAGGACAGAGGGUGUAUGAGUGCGAUUGAGACACACUGGGGAAGAGGUGGCUAUCCGAGACCCAUUCGCAUAUAUCCUUUAUGCAUAUUCAUGGGCACGGUCGACGUGGUGGGUUAUGAAUUAUGAAAUGUAAUGGAACGAAAUUGAAUAAUGACGGCGACCGGUGUCAGUUGACAAGAAAAGUGAAAUUCCAAUGAGCGAUUUAUGGUCCAAUUUCAAUUCAACUUUGACAGCCGCAAAAUGUCAAAACCCAAACGAAUAAAUAAUGCAUUGGACAAAAGGGAUAAUAAGUAUGACUAUAUAAAGGCCCGGCCAGAAAAAUGUCAUCUACACAGCGCAAUGUAUUUUUGGAUACUCUUAUUGUUGGCCUCGUCCUGCGUGGGACUCCCGGCGGACCUGGAUUUGGAUUAUGGUGUGGCAGAGCCACAGCGAACCGCCCUCCUCCAGUACAGCUUGAUGGUGCAAUUCGCCCUGCACCACAAACGCAUCCCCCGGCUAACCUACUUCACGUGCCGGAAGCCUCAUUCCUCCGGAUCAGAACUUCGCGGCGUUUUCGCAGCCAAGAAUGCUCAGCUGAUUAAGAGCCUCUACCAGAGCGAGCUCUUUGUGCGGAUUGUGCAGCUGGAUGUCCUGGCACCCAAUUCGGGAGGAGGGAGCUCUUCAGGAGCAGGAGGAGGAGGUGCUACACGUGGUCGGGGGCCAAGUGGAGGUUUCAGCCAAACCCCCAGCCAGGCGCAGAGCAAUGCCGAGUGGCUGGACAGUGUGCUGCGGAUGGAAGCCCUCAGGCAAAUUGCGGUCGUGGAUCUGGCAUGUGGCUCCCUUAGUCGCAGGUUCCUCGAGCUGGCUUCCACCAAGAUGCUCUACAGCGAGAAGUUUCACUGGCUAUUGAUAGAGGAUUUGGCCUGGCAAGGAGGCAGGUCUUCUUCAUCUUCGGGGAAGGUUCAAAAGGACGGGAGUCAGGACGAGGCAGAGGAGGGUCCUCCAGGACAGCAACUGCAGGCGCCGGGCAAUGAAGAGCUGCCCACCAUCGAGAGUUUUAUGGGGGGCAUGAACCUGUAUAUGAACACCGAACUGACUCUGGCCAAGCGGAUGUCAGAGGCAGCCCAUUACACUCUAUUCGAUGUCUGGAAUCCCGGACUCAACUACGGCGGACACGUCAAUCUGACCGAAAUUGGCAGCUUCACGCCGUCAGGAGGAAUCCAGUUGCACGCCUGGUUUCGAGGCACGUCCACUGUGCGUCGUCGAAUGGACAUGCAGCAUGCGAGAGUCCGCUGCAUGGUUGUGGUGACGAACAAAAACAUGACAGGCACCCUGAUGCACUACCUCACCCACACAGUGUCAGGACACAUCGAUACGAUGAACCGCUUCAACUUCAAUCUGCUGAUGGCCGUCCGGGACAUGUUCAACUGGACCUUCGUCCUGUCGCGGACCACGUCCUGGGGCUACGUCAAAAACGGCAGAUUCGACGGGAUGAUUGGCGCCCUCAUUCGCAACGAGACGGACAUUGGCGGCGCACCGAUAUUCUAUUGGCUGGAGCGGCACAAGUGGAUCGACGUGGCUGGCCGGAGCUGGUCGAGUCGUCCUUGUUUCAUUUUCCGUCACCCAAGGAGUACGCAGAAGGAUCGUAUCGUGUUCCUGCAACCGUUCACCAACGAUGUUUGGGUUUUGAUUGUGGGCUGUGGUGUUUUGACAGUUUUUAUCUUGUGGCUGCUGACCACGAUUGAGUGGAAACUGGUGCCACACGAUGGGUCGGCGCUGAUCAAGCCGAAGGGAGGCGCCCCACCACGUCACCACUACCAGCAAAAGAGUCACCAAGACGAGGUCCAGAAUAAGGAGCCACUGAACGCCACAUUGGAUGCCACACUGCGUCCAAUUACGGCAGUCUCUGCGGUAGUUGAUGAGGAGAAAUCUCCAGAAGCGGACCCCCAACCCAUCGAUGGAGAAACCCUUUGGCAGCGCUGUUACCAAAAGCUCAACAAAUACCUGAAGGAUCGAAAGGCCAAGGAAAAGAAGUCCCCGGAACGAGUUGGCCUCUUUCUGGAGUCUGUACUGUUUUUUGUCGGAAUCAUUUGCCAACAGGGAUUGGGUUUCUCCACAAGCUUUGUGUCAGGUCGCUGCAUUGUAAUUACCAGCUUGCUUUUCUCCUUCUGCAUCUAUCAGUUCUACUCGGCCAGUAUUGUGGGCACUCUCCUGAUGGAGAAGCCAAAAACAAUUAAAACCUUGAGCGACUUGGUCCAUAGCUCCCUCAAAGUGGGCAUGGAGGAUAUACUCUACAACAGGGAUUACUUUUUGCAUACCAAAGACCCCGUUUCCAUGGAACUCUACUCAAAGAAAAUCACCAGUGUCCCCACCACCAAGGAAAACGAAGCUGAUGAAGACGAGCCUGUGAAUGCUGCUGCUCCAACUGCUGAUCCUGCCAAGUCCUAUCGCGAUAUUGUUCACAGCCAUGAGACGGGGGCCCAUGCGAAGGAGAAUUCAGUCAGCAAUUGGUUAGAUCCGGAAACAGGCUUACGUAGAGUGAAACAUGAACGCUUCGCUUUUCAUGUGGAUGUGGCAGCUGCUUAUAAAAUUAUUGCCGAAACCUUCAGUGAACAGGACAUCUGCGAUCUCACUGAGGUCAGCAUGUUUCCACCUCAGAAAACAGUCAGCAUUAUGCAGAAAAACUCACCCAUGAGAAAGGUCAUCUCAUACGGUUUAAGGCGUGUUACUGAAACGGGUAUCCUGACUUAUCAUUUCAAUGUUUGGCACUCGAGGAAACCUCCUUGCGUGAAGAAAAUCGAGACCUCGGACUUGCAUGUUGAUAUGGACACUGUGAGUUCCGCUUUAUUGAUACUGCUUUUCAGCUAUGGCAUUACAAUAAUGAUUCUAAGCAUUGAGAUUCUGUACUGUAAGUGGCAGGGUCGCAUCAUAAUCAACUUCAAAUAAAUUAA